CGCCAGGACCCGCCCUCCGGCUUGAACCGCGGUCCCGCGCCGCAGAGGUUGAUGAGGCUGACGCCAACGGCUACGGCCGCAGAGCGGGAGGCAGCGCGGGAAGGCAGCGUGGAGGAGCUGGCCUAGCCUGGGGGCCCUAGCCGUGCUCUUCGGGCUCAGCCGCCGCUUCUGCGCACAGUGCAGGGCCGCAGCCGCCGCGCGGUGGGAGCUGGAGAGGCUGGGCGAGAUCCGGGGUCCCUGGUGGGUGCGGGAGUGGUCUCUGUGGCCGGGAUAGCCUCUGGCCAUGAUCGAUUCGGUGAAACUGCGCCGGGACAGCGCAGCGGACUUCUUCUCGCACUAUGAGUACCUGUGCGCGCUGCAGGACUCGGUACCUUUGCCCGCCGUACGCACCUGCCUCCGGGAGGGCGUGCUGGACUUCAAUGCCGACCGCCUGCGGGUGGUGGACUGGGCACCCCUCCUGAGCACCCUCAAGAUUAAUAAAGAUCUGCCCGUGAUCUCCAUCAAGAGCUUCUUCCAGCCGUGGCUUGGUGAAACAGGUUUGUGCUCCUCNNNNGUUCCUGCUAUAAGAUCCAAAGAUGUGACCUUCCAGUUGUGUAAAGCUCUUAAAGGCUGUCUAAGUGUAUCAAGUGUGCUGAGGAACCUGGAGUUAAAUGGACUAGUUCUGAGAGAGAGGGAUUUAAUUAUUUUAACAAAGGGAUUGAAUAAAUCGACUUCUUUGGUGCACCUGUCUCUUGCAAACUGUCCAAUUGGAGAUGGAGGUUUAGAAAUUAUUUGUCAAGCUGUAAAGACCUCUAUCACUCUUAAGACAGUCAACUUCACUGGGUGUAGUCUGACAUGGCAGGGAGCAGAUCACAUGGCCAAGAUCUUAAAGGUGACUUUGUAUUCAGAAGUUUGUGAAAAUGUGUUANNNUAUAGGAGACCAGAUCUUGACUGCAUGGCUGGCUUAAGGCGAAUCACAUUGAAUUGCAACUCCCUCAUUGGUGACCUGGGGGCACGUGCUUUUGCAGACUCUCUUAGUGAGGAUUUAUGGCUUAGAGCUCUUGACCUGCAGCAGUGUGGCCUCACCAAUGAAGGAGCCAAAGCUUUACUAGAGGCCCUUGAAACCAAUAGAACACUGGUCAUUCUGGAUAUAAGAAAAAAUUCACUCAUUGAUCAUUCUAUGAUGAAAGCAGUUAUCAAAAAAGUUCUUCAGAAUGGAAGGAGUGCUAAGUCAGAGGUAGGAAAACUGGAGGAGUGCCUAAAGCAGUUAAAAGAGGAAAGAGUAAUAAGGCUUAAAGCUGAUAAACGAGUCAGUGAGCUGGAACAUGAAAAUGCCCAGUUAAGAAAUAUAAAUCUCACUUUGUCUGAAGCCCUUCAUUCACAGUCCGUGGCAAGCAUGAUCCUGGAUGAUGAAGGUGUUUUGGGCAGUAUUGAGAAUUCUUUCCAGAAAUUUCACGCUUUCUUGGAUCUCCUUAAAGAUGCUGGGCUUGGGCAACUUGCCACAAUGGCUGGUAUAGAUCAGUCAGAUUUUCAUUUACUAGGUCGUCCUCAGAUGAAUUCUACUAUUAGUAGUGCACCUAAAGAAGAAAAGAAGGCACUUGAAGAAGAAAAAACAGAUCCAAAGCAAAAUGCCCUAGGACAAAUGCAGAAUAUCCAAGUUUCUAUUUGUAUGCAGUCAGCUUACAAUGAAGGAACACUAAUGAAGUUUCAGAAAAUCACAGGUGAUGCUAGAAUUCCUUUGCCUCUUGACUCCUUCCAUGUCCCAGUUUCUACUCAGGAGGCCUCAGGAACUUCCAAAGACAACCUGGAAGACCCAGCUCCUGAGCAGCGGCAGGAAUCUUUUGAAGGAUUCAUGGCGAGAACAUGUUCUCCUUUAGCAGAUAUGAUUUCUGGAACUGGAAAUCAAAGAGAAGAAGAGGAAUUAUCUAGAAAUAGCAGUUCACCCUCAGAGAAAAUGACCCAAGCAGGUGAAUAUACCAAAAAACACUUUGCCAAGAAACAGCCUGGGAAGGACCUGCAUUCCUAUUCUGACUCCUUUAUAAACCAGAAAAGCAAAGGAAUUGGGGAAAAUAGGUCUUUGGUUCAUGAGUCAAUUAAAAGUGAGUCUUCAAAAAACUACGUUUCUGUCAAGAAAGAAAGUAGAAUAGUGACUGUUUCAUCCAAGACAAAUAAAAGUAAAUCCAAUCCACUAGAACAUUCUGAAAGUGAUACUCUUGGAUCUGAUUUUGAAGUUCAAGAAAGCAUCCAUUCUCUAUCACGCUUGACCUAGGUCUAAACCUUCUGAAAUUAUGUUUUUACCUUCAAAUUUUAAUAAAUUUUCUUAUGUUUUUAUUAUUGCA